AGUGGUUGUAACACGUAUCAUUAAGGAUCGGGUUGCGUAGCAGGUUGCAGGACUUGGCGCUAAUUUUCAAUAACAUAAGCAGCCGAGGAUGCCAUCAACUCCAAUUGAUGACCAGGACAAGGUCCUGGAUGAGGCCAAGUCCAACACCAAGCUGCAGGCCAUGCAGAUGAAGCGAGCCCUGGACCAGGGCAAACUCAUGGAUGGCCUCAAGUUUGCCUCUGCACUGCUAGGAGAGCUUAGAACUGCUAGGCUGUCACCAAAAAGCUACUAUGAGCUGUAUAUGGUGAUCUGCGAUGAGCUGAGGAACCUGGAGGUGUGCCUGGUGGACGAGUUCCAGAAGGGCCGCAAGCCCACCGACUUGUACGAGCUGGUGCAGUAUGCAGGCAACAUCGUUCCCCGGCUGUUCCUGCUGAUCACGGUCGGCCGCGUCUUCACGAAGACAGUGCCGCAGGCGACGCGCGACAUCCUGCACGACCUGGUGGAGAUGUGCCGCGGCGUGCAGAACCCGCUGCGCGGUCUGUUCCUGCGCAACUACCUGCUGCAGUGCACCAAGGACAUCUUGCCUGACACGGAGCAGGAGGACGACGAGAAGACCGGCACGGUGCUGGACUCGAUCGACUUCAUCCUGCUCAACUUCGCCGAGAUGAACAAGCUGUGGGUGCGCAUGCAGCACCAGGGCCACACGCGCGACCGCGAGCGUCGCGAGCGCGAGCGGCAGGAGCUGCGCCUGCUGGUGGGCACCAAUCUGCUGCGGCUCAGCCAGCUGGAGGCCGUCAAUGUCGACAUCUACAAGAAGACGGUGCUGCCCGGCGUCUUGGAGCAGGUGGUCAGCUGCCGGGACCCGAUCUCGCAGGAGUACUUGAUGGAGUGCGUCAUCCAGGUGUUUCCGGACGAGUUCCACCUGGCCACGCUGUCGUCGCUGCUGAAGGCGUGCGCCGAGCUGCACCCGGGCGUCAACGUCAAGACCAUUAUCAUCUCGCUCAUCGACCGGCUGGCCAUGUUCGCCACCAGGGACGACGGCGCCGGCAUCCCCGAGAACGUCAAGCUCUUCGACAUCUUCUCGGAGCAGGUCGCCGAUGUUAUCCAGAACCGGGCCGGCAACCUGCCGCCGGAGGACAUGGCCGCCCUGCAGGUAUCGCUGCUCAACUUGGCGCACAAGUGCUACCACGACCGGCUCGACUACGUCGACAAGGUGUUCGAGCGCACCGCCGAGCUCAUGAACGGCAUCAUGGCCACCAGGGUGGCUGCCGACAGCGCGCUGGGCAAGGAGCUGCAGCGGCUGCUGCAGAUCCCGCUGGACAGCUACGACGACCUGACGGUGCUGCAGCUUAACUUCUUUACGCCUUGCCUGGAGCUGCUGGACUACGCCGCUCGCCGAGACGUCGCCAUGCACCUGAUCGAGCGCAUCAUCGAGGCCGAUAUACGGGUCCAGCAAGCGGCUCAGGUGGACAGCCUGCUGACCCUGAUCGGCGUGCUGGUGGCCGACCAGCCCGACUCCAGCUCCGACUUCUCCGACGACGACUUCAACGAGGAGCAGGAGCUGGUGGGACGCUUCAUCCACCAGAUGACGUCGGAGGAGCCGGACCAGCAGUACCUGAUCCUGACGUCGGCCCGACGCCACUUCGGCACGGGCGGCCGUCGCAUCAAGUUCACCCUGCCGCCGAUCCUCUUCAAGGCCUAUCAGCUGGCUUACAAGUACCAUAAGCUGGAGGAGAACGACGACAAGUGGGACAAGAAGGUGGGCAAGAUCUUCCAGUUCUGCCACCAGACCAUCAUGGCGCUGGUCAAGGGCGAGCAGUACGACGUCAGUCUGCGGCUGUUUCUGCAGGGCGCCGUCGUGGCCGGCCGGGUGCCGUUCAGCAACAACGAGACGGUCGCCUAUGAGUUCAUGUCGCAGGCCUUUACGCUGUAUGAAGAGGAGAUAUCGGACAGUAAGGCGCAGCUCGCGGCAAUCACACUCAUCAUCGGCACACUGAAACAGAUGUCCUGUUUCGGGGAGGAGAACCACGCGCCGCUGCGGACGCAGUGCGCGCUGGCGGCCAGCAAGCUGCUGAAGAAGCCGGACCAGUGCCGCGGCAUCACCACCUGCGCCCACCUCUUCUGGUCCGGCCUGCAGAACGACGGCUCCGAGCUGCGCGACGGUAAGCGGGUGCUGGAGUGUCUGAAGAAGGGCCUGAGGGUGGCCAGCCAGUGCAUGGACCCGUCCGUCCAGUGUCAGCUGAUGGUGGAGCUUAUCAACUCCUACUUCUACUUCUACUCACAGGGCAACAAGGAGAUCACGAUCGACAUGCUGAACCAGCUGCUGGAGAAGAUCCGGGAGGACAUGCCGAGCCUAGAGCCAUCCGACGAGACGACGCAGAUCAACCAGCACUUCACCAACACGCUGCAGCACAUCCGCGCCAAGGUGGAGGUGGCCGACGCGCCCGUCUCGUUCGAGGGCCUCGUCGUUUGAGGCCGCACCGGCGCCGGCGGGGACGUGACGCGCUGGGGCGGGGUUUGAUCUGUAAUGGUCUGCGGCGCCGCCGAGCACGGACGGAGCGGGCCGGCGCGCUGCUCGCGGCGGAGACGCCCGGCGAGAGGUGGCUUCUCUCGUGGUUGGGGCCGGCGGAAGCGCGGACCUUCGUCGAAUCUGUUCUGUCAGUUGUGGGGCGCGUAUUUGGUAUGGUGGUCGUGGUGGCGCGUGUUGGUCGUUGGUCGCUUGGCACCCGCAGCCGUGUUUUGUUUGGGCAAGGCUGUCCUGAUAUACAUUGCAUGAUAGUGUAAGACGUAUUUUGAACGUAGUAAAUGCGUGUUGAUUAGGCUGGUGGUUUGAGCGGAAGGAAAGCUCGCGGACCCGCAUGUGCAUAUAGCAUGUUUUGGCGGCAACCGCGCUGGUGACGGUACUGUACUGUACUGUGCGACGGUACUGUACUGGUUGCCCAGCUAUCUGCCAUGUCGCAGCUGAAUGGAUAUCAAAUGUGCAUUGCCCCCAUUCCGAUAAGCUAUGGCUCGAACUUAUGUAUAAUAUGGUGAUACAUUACACAAUAUACACUUCAUCCUCA